AUGCAACAAGAUACCACGAACCCCCCAAAGCGCAAGCGGUUGUCGUUUGCUUGUAAUUACUGUCGGUCCCGAAAGACCCGAUGUGACGAGCGACAACCGGCCUGCACAGCGUGUCUGCUGGCAGGCAUGGAAUGCAUCACCACUGACAAGCGCAGACCAGGGGUACGCGUGUACUCCCGACGACGGAACCUCGAUGCAGCAUCUACCAGCGAGAACAUUCCUUUUCAGGAUACUGUUCAAAACCCCGUUGCAAGUCCCUUGCUGGGAUCUGUCAUGGGCCUGGCGAUCCCCGAGCUGUUGCCCAUGCAUAGUCCUGGGAGCACGAGUCCUGAGAGCAUUACGCGGCUCCACGACGAUACAUUUCGAAUUCGAGGCGCCCAUCCCCAACAUUCUUCUAGAGAAUCAUCCUGCACGGACUGCCCGCCAGCCCCGGCCACAGCCCCAUCACGCCCCCGGGAACGAUACACCGGCCGACUGCCGAUGAUGCCUCGAUUCUGCGGCACAAGCACGGUGCAACUCAUGACGAACUGGCUAGACCUUGCAUUUCGCAGACUCGGUAUCCCGGAUGCGUUAUCCAGCGCAGGAUUGUUUGGUCCAUCUUUUCGAAGUAGCACGUCUCUGCCCCCCUCAAAUCUCUAUCCUACCGGGCUACCGGAUCCACCCACACAUCUCGAAGCGUCCAGGCAUCUGUCGAGAUAUCUAUCCGACGUCCACCCGAUAUUCCCCAUCCCCAUCCAGGGCGUCCUCGAAAGAGUCCAUUCGACUAUCUUCACCGCGGCCGAUUCCCCCAAAGCACUACUCGCACAGCAAGACCCGCCCCUUCAGGCGUUGUAUUGCGUGGCCCUCAUCUUGGGCGCAGGAGCUGCGAGACCUACAAGCACAGGUUUCAAAGCGGGCGCCUGGAUGGCGUACUGUAACAGUCUACUUGGCCACCUGAUCGGCUACCGAACAAUUCGCUCCAUCCAGGCGAUCUUUCUCCUAUCUCUCGCUUUGCUCGAAUUCGACCGAGUCUCCGAUUCUCACGAUGUUGUGAAACUCGCAAUCGGCAUGGGCCAGUCCAUCGGUCUGGGUGGAGGCCAACGACCGAGAGGAUCAUCGACCCACCCCGAUGAGGGAAUAGAGACAUGGUGGUGUAGCGUGGUGUUUGAAAAACUCCUCGCAUUCAUCACCUGCCAGCCAUCCAGCGUUGGGGGGAUAGAUCCGGGCCUUGAUCCGAGUGAUUGGGCCGAUGAUGGAUCGAGUACGGACUUGCAUUUCUACGCGCUGAGGGGCCUUGGGAGGACAUUGCAUGAGAUCAACGACCAAGCUAUCAGGGUAUGGGAGAUGGAAGAGUCCCAGGAUCUGUCUCCGGAAGACUCCAUACGCGAGAAGCUGGGUGUAGCUGGGAAACUAGUAAUGCUGCUCGACGAGUGGCAUGAGAAAUUAAUCAAGCUGCAACUAUUAUUAACCCCCGCGACAAGCACGAAUGUCCGUCGGAAAGUAUUUUUCACCUCGCAGUAUUACAACACACUCAUCCUCCUCCACCGAGCAACUCUACUCGUCGACCGAGACGAUCUCCUCCGAGCACUCCGCAAGUAUGGGGCCCAGCAACCAUGGCAAGACCUUGCCUCGAGCGCCGCAGUUUCCUGCACAGAAGCAGCUCGAAGCAUGAUCACACUCGUCGUUCAUCUCGAGGAGAUCAACGCCAGCACGGUCCCAUUCCUAAUCAAUCCCACUUUGGCGGCAUCAUACGCGCUGUGCGUGCGGAUCCUCAUCGACCCCGUCCGUAAGAUGAAUCGUUCUGAUUAUGAGCUAAUGAAAGUUGGAUUGCAAUUCGCGCGGGAUCGACAUCGCAUGUACAAUCCCACUGACACGUUAGAUCUGGGACAGAACUUGCUGCGGAACGCACCGGUCGAGCAGUUGUCAUCCCCAUCGAGCUGGGGAGUGAGUGCGGACGAAGGUCGCCUCCAGCUGGUGACUGGCACUGCGCUACCGAGUAUCGAUUGGACAGGCUGGAGCUUAGAUGAGGUGGAUGAUAUCUCGUUCUCGGCCGGAAGAUGA